GUACGAUCGGUAAAAUUCGGCAUUCUUCGGCAUUGUUCGGAAAAGGCGCCAUUUUCUAUUUUGUCUCCAACAGCCAAACAGCGAACGUCGCGCAGUUUUCAACAAUUACUCCUCUAGGACGAAUUUUUUGCCUCUAUUUCUAUCCUGCAAGGCUUUCGGAUAACUCAAAACGUUGACCAUGUCUACAGAAGAAGAGAGUGUGGAAACUGUUCUACAUCGGGACAAGUUUCUACAAGUCCUGAAGCAGGAAGCUCCCUCUGCUGACAGCUUCGCAAACUACCUCAAACUUCACGAUGACAGGAAUUCCCAGCUGGACCUGCUGGAGCUGUACCAGACGCUGAACCGUCGGCAGGUGCUGCAGCUGUGGAGCACCCUGCAGGAGGUGUGUAACCAUCACGUCAUGAGCGGCCCCUUCAGCGAGGACGACGAGCAGCUGGAACAACUACCCGUGGGAGAGAGGAAACAGGUUGUGAGGAAGACUGCAGGCAUCGUACAGGGCGUUAUCACCAUGGCAACUAUCGCCAUCAGCCAGGAGUCCCCCAUUGUCCCUGAUACACUACAGGACAUAGUCCUGGUGUUACAUGGUAUUUUGCCAUCCCUGCCCGAGCCAGCUGUCCAGUUGAAGACCCAAAUCAGUGCCUUGUGUGAGAAAUGGUGGCUGAAGAACCUAAGCCAGAAGGAGAAUGUGGUGUACAAUGCAAUCAUGUUCUUUUUGAAGCAGAGUCUGGAGUUCAAAGCAAAGGCUGGCAGUGUGAAACGUGUGUGGGGUCUACGACAAGUUCUCAACCUCUUCAGCUAUCAGGACGAAACUAUGGAAGAGCUUCAGCAGCUCCUGUUACUCUGUGUCAUCAACAAGACCUACCUGGGAGCUGCAGAGGGUCGUCGCUUCUUGACUUUCCUGUUUGGACUUCAUCCAAACUUCACAGACAAGCUGCACAAAACCAUCAAGAACCAGCUGCCAACAGCCUCCAAGGCCGUACAGAAGUACUAUGGUGAAAUCUACUUCAAUGCUUGGAACAUAGCCGAAGGCCUGUUCAAAGAAAAAAUUGAGAUAUGUCUGCAAGACCUGAUGUAUCGUGCCAUUCAUGCUGAUCGCUCCGGCCCCAAGUCUCUGGCUGACAACCUUCAACUGCUCCUGAGUUUUGUCCACCAACAGAAGCACAAGCCUGGAGUGGACGACAUGCUCUACACUCUGUACAAACCAAUCCUGUGGAGAUCACUCAAGGUGGCUAACCCAGUCGUGCGCACUAACGCAGCUGUCCUGCUGGUAGAUGCCUUCCCUCUACAGAUCCCUGAUGCACCUGUAGAGGAGAGGGACCAAAACAUGCAGAAACAACUCGACAUCCUCUGGUCUUUGCUUGAAGACCCAGAGCCCAUGCUGCGACUGAUUGCCGUUCGCGGUGUUUGCCGAAUCGUUGGCUUGUACUGGGAGCUCAUCCCGGCCACUGUGGUGCAGGAUUUCCUCAAGAGAGUCAUAGAUGACAUGGCUAACGACUGUAACUCAGCAGAUGUCAGGGCAGCUGUCUUCAAGGGUAUCAUGUUUGUGCUGGAACAGUGUCCCCUGAGCCACCCCCUGCUCAAGACCAUGCUGCCACGCCUGAGGAACCACAUCCAUGACAAGUCGGAGAAAGUGCGGCUGGCCUUCGCACAGCUCCUGUUGAAGAUCAAGAGUGUUCGUGCCAUCAAGUUCUGGGAUGUGGUACCCCUAGACCACAUCAUGGCACGUAUUGCUGUGGACAAGGUACAGACUGCAACCAUCCUGGUCACUCUGCUUUUCAACUCCUUCGUGCCACUGCAAAAGGACAGCGCCAAAAUCCUGGAAAGAGCGAUCUACCUGAUACAGGAAAACCCCCAGACAGCCCGGCGUUUCUUCCAGCUGGCACCCAACUGCAUGGCCAUUGGGGAUACAGUAAAGUACAUGCUGUUGCUGUGUCAUUAUGUGUGGCAGCUGACCUUGAGAGCUCUCGCUACUGACCCAAACAACACAGAAGAAAGUCUGGAGGAGAAAGAAAACAUCUCAGAUGAGGACCUGUCAGUGGCAGACACCAGCACCAUGGCUGGACUUCUGGAGGCCAUGGCCUUACUGUGGGCAGCCAGUACCAGAGAACUCUCACAGCCUGGGAAUGGUGAAUGGAAACAGAAGCUCAGGAACAAGUUUGCCCGAUGCCUGCCAGACUUCCUGAAGGUGUUCCAUGAUGCGCGCUGUCAUCAAGCACUGGUUCAGCUAGCUUGUUUCCUCAAAGCUGAUACUAUUCCUACAUUCAGCUGUGGUGUGGUGUCCAAGCUAAAAGGGAUGAGCUGGCCAACACCAGCCUUAGAGUUUGGGCCGCUGGUCAGCUGUCUGGCCAACUGGGGCCGGCUGGGGGAUGUGCUGGAGCUGGUGACCGAGUGGCUGACCGUUGCACUGCAUGGUCAGAAGGAGCAAGACGACAUGGGUGACAGUGAGGAAAGCCAGAAAAAGGGUAAGAAGAAGAAGAGGGUGAUGUUUGUGGACCCCCACCAGCCCCAGCCCAUGCUGGCCCUGGACAUGCUGGAUUACAUAUUUGCAGAGUACCUGUGUCGGGAGUGUGCCCUGGACACGCACACGGAACAGCUGUCUGCAAUCAGUGAGAAACUACAGGGGGUUAUGACCUGUAUUGAGGAUCGUCUGGUGACAGGACGACCCUUGACCCAUGAGCUUCUAUCAGAUGAGUUUCUGCUGAGGGCUUUGCAGUCCUAUUGUCUUCUCCAAGUACAUCUGCAACAGCAGAAUGAGACACCUUCAUGUGAGUUCUUCAGCCAGAUAUUAGACUGGGCAGACCAGAAGCUUGUUCCUUCUCUGAACCGUCCUGACAAUGAGAACACCCAGGGUGCCACCAACACUGUAUCUACAGGAGUGUUUGCUGUGAACACCAUACAAACUGUUCUGCAGGUAGCUGGUGACCUGGUCCUGCUGUGCUUGCUUUCUGAUGAACAAUGCUGUACUCUGCUGCAGCUGGCAGGAGUACUUCUCAGCACAGACUCAGCUGCGGACCUCCUGACGCCUGUAUGCAUGCUGACUUGUCGUGUUGUGGACGUGACGGCAGUCUCCCCACAGGACAACAGGAUGCAGGAGCUGGUGCCCCGUGUGUUGGAGAGCAUCAUUCAGACACAGGUGUACCUCGUACGCAGGCAGAAGGAUGCUGCCAGACAGAGGCUACAGGAUACAAAAGCUGCCUUUCAAACCAUCGUCCGUGCCCAUGUGAACCGCCGCUCCGCCAACCAGAACCUGAGCCAUGACUUCAUGGCCACCAUCAUGACUGCAGUAGUGGCAGAAAUGACGAGCGCGGUGCGGAAGGGUGCAGAGUUUGGGACAUGUGACCGUAUCUCUGACCUGCCCACAUUGUCAGCAUUCCUCCUGUCCACUGUCAACAUCAAUGCUGCCUCAGCUCAACUCUUUGUGGAGGAGUUGAGCCACUGUGCAGAGUCAGGCGCACUCCAGGGCCUGCCUGGACACUGUGCAGCCUUGCUCAUCCUGCACACACUACAGAAAGAUGGCUGGAGAGCAGGUAGACUGAAGGAGUGUGCUGAUGUGGUGAAACAACAGGCCCAGAACCUGGCAGGGGAGGAACAGGAGGGAGAGGACAGUGCUAAAAGGAAGUUGUUUGAAGAAGUCAAAAACCUGGCAGCAAAGAUUCAGAACUGAAUAUGCUAAGAUCUGGGUUACCUUGUAUAUAUAAUAUCAUUAUUAUUCAGUUGUCAAAAGGCAAAGGGGCCUGUCUUGAGGAAAACAAUGCUGACGUGUGCCUUUGUGUCCUUAAAACACAGGUGUCAGAUUUAUUAGACCAAGCUGUUAGUGUCAGAAGCUCAGAACCAUUAUGUUAAAUCUUAUUCCAUUCUAUUGUGGUGUAUGAAUUUUGUAAGUUUUAUAGACCUAUAAGAGUACAACUACAAGGAUGAAGAUAACACAAGAUAUGAUUUCAGAUACAUACAGGUAAUAGUCACCAUAUAUUUUAUUACGCAUUCAACAUUAAUUCUAAUCCUAGCUUUGUACUUCUAUAUUUGUAUUGAGUAUUGUGUAGAUUGGUCAAGGCUGCCUACAACGUAUUAUGUAUUCCUGAAG